AUGGCAGACGGCGAUUCUCUCAAGAUCACGAUUGUUGGAAGUGUCCUUCUGCGUGUGAUUGCAAACGGUAAAGAUCGUAUGAUCACUCUUACCGAUAUCUACCUGGCUCCGCAGCUUGCGCGCAACAUUGUCUCGUACGGGAAACUCGAGCACAUAGGUUUUGGGCUUGUCUACAGAGGAUCAGGUCGCUACCUAGUGCGACGCAUUGAGUGGGAGAUCGCAUUUGACGUCAGUAUGCAUACGAACGUGCUGUACGUCAAAACAUCAGUGACGCAAAAGAACCUAAGAGCUGCUUUGAUGGCGGUGAUAUUCGACGCAGGGUCAAGCAUACCAGCAGACUAUGUGCAGAUUGGAUCACGCAUGCAUUUCCAUGCACGUAAGGGACACCUGUCCCUUACCACGAUUGAACGAAUGGCAAAGACACCUAUUUCGGGUAUCUAG